AUGGCGGAUGCAGAUGUUCAACCUUCCCAGAGCGAAAAGUUGUCGAAGCUUAAAUGCUUGGUGGAAGGUCUUGAUCAGAUUACUGAGAAGGAGCGAGUAGGAUUCAUCAGUCUUGUAACUCGUUAUAUGAGUGUUAAAGCUCAAUACAUUGAUUGGGGGAGCAUACAGAGUCCUACUAAUGUUGUUCCAUACGACAAACUACCUCCUUCUCCUGAAGAUAUAUCGGACAGGAAGAAUAUCUUAGAGAAGCUAGUCGUACUGAAGCUCAAUGGAGCUUUAGGAACUAAAUUGGGCUUUAGUGGUCCCAGGUCUAACGUCAAAGUUCAUAGAUCUUGUACAUUUCUUGACUUAAUUGUCAAACAAAUUAAUGUACUUAAUUCCAAAUAUCGGUGCAAUGUUCCCCUGCUUCUUAUGAAUUCAUUUCACACAAAUGAUGAUACACUUGAGAUUAUUAAAAAAUAUUCAAAGUUAAAGGUUGAGAUUCAUACUUUUAAUCAGAGCCAAUAUCCUCGAUUGGUUGGGGAAGAUUUUAUGCCAUUUCCUUGCAAAGGACAAACUGGCAAGAAUGGAUGGUAUAGUCCUGGUGGUGGCGAUGUCUUUUCCUCCUUGAUGAACAGUGGCAAGCUUGAUGCAUUAUUAGCGAAGGGUAAGGAAUAUGUCUUCAUCUCCAACUCAGAUAACUUGGGAGCUGUUGUAGACUUGAAAAUCUUAAACCACUUGACAGAGAACAACUUUGAGUAUUGUAUGGAGGUGACCCCUAAAACCUCGGCAAGUGGCAAAGGUGGUUCCCUGAUUUACUAUGAUGAGAGAGUUCAGCUCCUGGAAAUUGCACAAGUUCCUGAUGAGUAUGUCAGUGAGUUCAAGUCUAUUAAAAAUUUCGAGACUUUCAACACAAACAACUUGUGGGUGAAUUUGAAGGCCAUCAAGAAGGUUGUGGAAGCAGAUGCACUAAAAAUGGAGAUAAUUCCAAAUCGUAAGGAAAUUGAUGGUGUCAAAACUCUUCAGCUGAAAACAACUGCUGGUGCAGCAAUUAAGUUCUUCAGACAGAUUAUUGGAAUCAAUGUUCCCCGAUCUCGGUUCUUUCCAGUGAAGACAAAAUCGGAAUUGCGUUAUGUCAAGUCUAAUUCCUAUACCUUAUCUGAUGGCGUUGUUACACUUAAAAGUAAUUCUUCAAAUACCACUAGUGAAUUGGAGUCAGAGUUGAAGAAGGUACACGCAAGGAAUAAAGCUACCUCAAAUUCAAUGGAGAAAGCUUUAUUGGAGCUUACAAAGAAUUUACCAGCACCAAAUUUUGUGAAAUCGAUGGACCCAUCACAUGUCACAAGACCUUAUUUGUUGAGAAUUCCUCCUGGUUCCAGCGAGUCGUAUCCGGAAAAAGAUUGUGACAUUAUGUUGGAAGAUGAGGAUGGUAAGCUACACGUAGUAAAAUUCCUUCUUAAACACUUGGCUCUCAGCGGCGGAUGGGGCCAGUUCACUAAGAAAAAGAAGUUGAUCGUUGGAGACGCACUAUUUUUUCAAAUAGUCGAACCUACCAAAUUCAAGGAGAUCAUUAUAAGGGGAGAUGGUUUGAGUGAUGCUGGAGUAGCUAAUGAUCUUACUGCUAGGGUGGCAACUCCUCAUGCUGGUGAUGAGGAGGCGCCUCUUGUUGGCGAUGUUAGUUGUAGGUCAUUUUCGACACAAGAUACUUUCUUUCCGGCGCCAGGAUGGUCAUUCUUCUCCCAGGGGAGGGAAGUGCCCAUCCUACGCCCGUCUUCCGUAGUCAUCGGAUAUCCUUGCGGAUAUGAAGCUGUACCUGGCCAGAGGUACGAUGACUUGUUGCAAAUGGUUGCCAGCCUGAAAGAGCUUGCCGCGUCGCAAAGCGAGAGGAUCCUCCAACUGGAGGCUGCUUUGGCUGCUCCCCAGCCUAACCCGACUACCGAGCUGGCCACCGUGGACAAGGAUGAUAGGGGACAGCCAACCCAGGCUGCCGAGCCGGCUAACAUGGACAAGGAUGACAGGGGACAGCCUAACCCGGUUACCGAGCUGGCUACUGAGCACAAGGAUGACACGGGACAGUAG